AGUGUUCGAGAAUGUAGAUUUUUUCAGUACUUACGUUUGUAACACUGACCGGUAAUCAUUAACCUAAUGGAUUUAUGUUAUUUUUAUAGGUUGCCCUUAAAAAUUACGUUUUUAGGGUAUUGACUGAUGCAUUUAGUAGCACAGCCCAGGCGAGUUGUUUUGAUUGACUAUGGAUCUAUUCUUUGUGUACCAGUUUUUACUGGUCUCAUCCUUAAUAUGAACUAAGUUAAUGUAAAUGGAUGUAAAUUAUAGAUCCAUUAAGUAGACACCAUGUGCAUCGUCUAUUUGGCUGCGUUUUUAUUUAGCCUUACAUCAGAGCAAUGUUCCUCCAAAUUGAUAGAAGAUUCCAGUCAGAGCUUCAUGGAGAGGAUGCACUCAGGAAAGACGUCCUUUAUAUACUUUGGAAAUCAUGUCAACCCAACUAUCAAACUGUUCGUGGAGCAGCUUGAGAUGUCAGCUGAUGCCCUGCAGGACUAUGGAAUAUCUGUUGUGAAGGUGAACUGUUCUAAAGAUGCUAUAGCUAACUACUGCACAGGAGAAAAGCUAAUGACCAGGGCAUACUUGUUCAGGGGCUCUGAGGUCCUGAGGAGUUUCGACAUCGAUACCGUAUUUGACGUCAAUGCAAUUGUUUCUCAUGUCCUUUUCUCUGUCCUCUUCAAUGAAGUCCGUUAUGUGCACACACCUGCUGAGCUGCUGCGCGUGGAGAGCACGGCCAAACAAAACAGUGACAUUGUGGUCGGUCACAUACCAGUGCUUGGCCUUCCAGAGCACCGGGCUUUGAUGGAGGCAGCAUUUGUGUAUGGAACCAAAUACCAGUUUGUCCAGACGACUGGCACUUUGGUUCUAAAACAUAUGGGGGUUGUCGAUCCCUCUUCCUCACAAGCACGGCUGUGGUUUCUGCACUGUAAAGGUGUGUCCAGGCGGUCUGAUCCGUGUCCCAGCACUCCCAUGAGGAAAACACUCAACACCAUCAACAUACACACCUUCCUGCAGCUGAUGGAAGCACCUCUAGUGACCGAGUCAGUGCUGGACCCGUCUGAAGUAGAUGUGGUUCACAUGCACCUCGGUGUGCCCGUGCUGUAUCUGUUCUCUCAGCCACAGACCCAGCACCUGGACCGGGCCACCGCUCAAACUCUGGCCCUGCAGCUCCGCGGGGAGGUCGGAGUAGUGCUCAUUCACAGGGACAGUCCGAACGUGAAAACUGCGCUGAAAUACAAUGCUGCUUACAGACUCCCACAGGAGGAUGUGACAUAUUUUACCCUGAAUAGCGCCGAAGGGGUUGUGAAACUUUUCAAAGAAGAACUUCUGCAAGAACACAAGUUAGAAGACGAAGAGGAAGAUGAGGAACAUUGGUCAGAUCUUGAUAUUCUCGAUGAUGAGGUGUCAGAGUCUGUGUACAGAGACCGUGAUCUUAUGCUGGAUCUGGAGUCUGUUAUUGAACUCACUUCACACACUUUUCAAACAACAGUCACACAGAAUGAGAUCACAGUGGUGCUGUUCUAUUUUAAAUGGGAUGCUGUCUGUAUGGCUUUCAUUCAGUCAUAUAUAGAGGUGGCAGAUGCACUUGAAGGUAUGAAUGGGGUAAAGUUGGCGGCAGUAAACUGUGGAGAAUGGACUGACAUUUGCAGUGACCAGAAUGUCACUUCCUUUCCCACUGUCCUAAUCUACCGGCCCAUGGCUGACGCUCAGCUCUAUAGGGGAAUGCUGGGAACCAAGAGUCUACACGGGUUCAUACUACUGAGUCUGGUCUCCAGUCCUUACCUUCUCUCCUCCUCUGCUGAGGUGAUGUCGUUCUUGGAGGGUGAUUUGUACAGUAAACAUAUGUAUCUGACCCCUGUCAGAGUGCUGGGCCUUUUCAGUUCAACACAUGACAUGGGUGUAACUCCAUUUGAAAAAGCUGCCAGACUCCUCAGAGGAGAGACAAUUCUUGGGCUGUUUGCCCACAAAGAGGCAGAGCAAUGGGUGGAGGGACUGUCAGUAAACCUGCCUGCUCUACUGGUGUCCCGUGGCCCUGGAGUUCCUCAUGAGGUCUAUUCUCUGCCAUCAUCCUCACCAACGGACCUUGUCUCACUCAUAAAACAAGUGGAGCUGGAUCGUUUCCCUGAACUGACCGUGGAGAAUCUUCCCUGGUAUUUGGAGCUUGGGAAACCUUUGCUGCUGCUUUUUAUCGGAAAGGAGGACAGUACAGAGAGUACGAAGGCUUUAGCAGAGAUAAAGCGACCACUGAGCUCUGGACAGCUGGAUUCCUUCCUGCCAUGUUGGAUCCAUCUAGGUCGGACACCUGUCGGGAGGUCUAUCCUGGAAAAGUAUCUUGGCUUUGUACCUCCGCUUCCUGUUUUGGUUAUGUCACGGUUAAAAACUGGAGAAGAGGUGUUCCUUUUCCCCCCAGAGCGCCCCCUAAUGGCUAAGAACAUCCUGCAGUGGAUUCACGAUGUGGAAAACGGACAUGAACAACCAGCAGGCUUGAUCCCAGAUGGGAAAUGGGGCCCUCCUGUGCCAUUCUUUGACUUUCUGGCAAUAAUGGACCAAGAAGCACCGACUUACGCAGCUCAGAGGGCUCCUAAAAUGAAGACGGGGGGCAGGGAAGACCACAGAGAGCAGAAGCAUGUGACCCAAAACCAAAGACAGACCCCACAUCCAUCACCAAACCCCCAAGCACCUCGCCAGCACUCUGAACUAUAAAGUCAAGUCUUCUCGUGGCACAGAAGGUUAUGUAAGCAAUUCACAUGACUGCUUGACAUCUGUUAGAUUUUGCAUUACGUGUGACAUCUUCAGUGCUAUUUGGAGAAAUGUGUGUAUAUCAGAACUCGGGUAUCACACAUUUUCCAACUUACUUCCCACAAAUCAAAUGGACUUUUCCUAAAUGAAAUCAAGAUAGUUUACAUUUUAGUGCUGUAACUUUAUACCGUAUACACAGAAUGUGUUAUUUAAAACCUGAAAAAGACCUACAAGAAUGUAUUCAUUUAUCCGACGCAUUUAUCUAAAUGUUUUUGACCAGAUUGUAUUAUUCCAAUUUCUACAGUGCCUGUUUGGGAAUGUUUUUUAUACAAACAUAGAGCUUCACAUAUGGAUGACAUUUGUAAAUGUGUACACUGUCUCUUGUUUCAGUCAUGGAAGAACAGAGUUGUUUUUUUUGUUUUUUUUUUGUUUUUUACAUAUCAUGCUGCUUUCAUGAUGGAAAGACUAACGUCAGACCUGAAAGAGGCUGCUUCUUUGGUUGAUUGCAUUGUUAAAGUUAAUUAGCGUCACAUUUAACAAGGGAAGAACUACUUUUUAAUUGAAACCGUAGUCACUAAGUGAGCCCCCCGUCUUUUGUGUGCUGCCGGGAUCUGUAUCUAGUAUUUAAACUCUAAUGCAGAUGUUUUCGGGAACUUGUUAAAUAUCAGUCUUUUUGGUAGUGAAAUGCGAUCCCAAUAUGUGGUUGGAUGCACAUGCGUUUUCACGUGAGAAGAAAUGUUCAUAUAUACACUCCUCCAUGUGAAGGUCAUUAUAUAGGAUAAGCCUGUAUGGAAACUCCAUAAGCAUACUAGACCUCUGUUUACAGUAUCUGUGCUAUUUCCUCUCAAGAGAUCUCUGACUUCUGCAAUGAACAUCAUUUCAGCAGUUAAGCAGAAUGGUGCUUUAUUGAAAAGUAGAGUGUUUAUCGUGUUCCAUAAAGAUAUUUUGUACAUUUCCUGCUGUCAUUUUUUAUUAGUAAUAUGCAUUUGCUAAGGACUUCAGUUUGACAACUUUAAAAGCGAUUUUCUCAUUAUUUCGAUUUUUUUUUUGCACCCUCAGAAUCCAGAUUUAAAAAUAGUUGUAUCUUGACCAAAUUUUGUCCUAUCAUAACAAACCAUAACUCAAUGGAAAGCUUCUUUAUUCAGCUUUCACGUGAUGUAUAAAUCUCAAUAUCCAAAAAAGUGUGCCCUUAUGACUGGUUUUGUGGUCCAGGGGUCACAUAUUUUCCAAAACCUAGUAAGCUGCCUUGGUAAUAUUGUCUAUGUAGGCAAUAGCUAAGCUUGUUCAGCAUGUAGCUAAGCUAACAGUGUGAUACUCUAAUAAGCUCAAACAAAUACAAUAAAACGUAUGCACAAAUGUUGUAUUAUUGAAUUGAAAUAUUCCUUACUUUAAGUUUUCAGCAUCAUUACUCCAGUCUUCAGUGUCAAAUGUUCUUUUAGAAAUAAUAAUUUGCUCUAGAAGCAUUUCUUAUUAUAAUAUUAAUCAGUGUUUAAAACAGUGGUGCUGCUUAAUGGUUUUGUUUUCCAGGAUUUUUUUGUUUUCGACUGAUUUCAUUGACUGUCCCCAAACUGUCCAUCUGUAGUGUGUGUAUUCAUAAAAGCAGUCACUUUGGCUUUGUUUGUUUUUGGCAGUCCAGUUACAUAGUCAAAUCUUAAAAGUGAAACAUGACAUGAUGUUUGGCCAUUAGUGAAUCGUCUCGCAGCGUCUGGCAAGAAAUGACUUCAGAUGUUAGCUGGGAGUUCAGUUACUGAGGAAAGGCACUAGGGAGCAUUCAUAUCAUUUUAUUGAUUUUGAGUAGAAGCUCUUAUGGUCCCAUCGAUCUUUAGACGAAUUCUUGAGAACUUAGAUGAAAUCCACACUAAACCAACUUAUUAUUAGAUUUCCAGAUAGUCACAUGAUCUGAAUGUAAUUUUGAUUUUAAAAAUUAAUGCGGAGCUUUUAUGUGAGGUCAGCCUGCCUGUUGGUUAGGAUGUUUGUUUUAUUCAUUUACUCUUGACUAACACAUGUCCAGUCAAUUGCCUGUGGUGCAUCCGUCUCUUCAACCUCCUGACCUAAAACAAACAAAAAGCAUGUUUUUGAAAUCGAAAAAUGUAAAGGAUGUUUUGAAUUUCCUUGUAAAAUAGAGUAAUGGUUCUAUAAUGGGGUUUUUUUUUUCUGUGGCUUGCACUGUAAAUUAUAAAGGAGGUUGUAAGUUUUGAAGAUUACAUUGCUGAUUGAGGCUUUUUGUCUGGAAGUUUGAUUUGUGAUCCCUGGGAAUAUAGAAUUGGCAAGCAUAUUGGGAAUAAUUUGUUUAGUCUAAAAUCAUUUACUGUAAUAGUUUAUACUGUAUUUUGUGAAGUGUUUCGUAAACAUAACACAUCUGCCAUCUUGGCCCUGAAGUUUGACUUUAUUUUUAUAGUUAUGUUUUUUUUCACCUGUGACAUACUAGAAAAAAACGCAGAAAUAAUUGACUGCAUUCUUGUGUGAAACUUGAACAACUGAAGCACAAGGAACAACAUACUUGAAACCUACUUGGGCCAUUUCAAACCUGACUCCUCAUUUCUCAGACACCUUUAAUAACAUAGUAGGAGUGUCAGGGGUUAAAUGCCAAAUCUAAUCACCCAAACCUUGAUGUCUGUCAUUUUAUAAGCCAAGUUAAUUAUUCUCAGAAAUGUUUUUGUUCGGCUUAUUACUGCAUCUUUUUCAGACUGACCCCAAAAGGUUGCAAUCUUCCAGUCCAGCAAGUUAUUACUGCAGAAUGAUUUCUUCCAACAAAAGUAGUUUGAGUUUUAGAAUGACUGCUGUACUUCUGUGUUUAUUAAAUGUGUCAUAUUAUGUCCUUUUUACAAGAUGUCCACAGAAUGUGUCUUCUAAAGUUGCGGCUUCAAAUACACUGUGUGUGUUCUUGUUUUUGUGUCAUAUCAGGGCACAACUCUGUAUAAUGACAUGUGUAUGACACAGGUAUUACAAGGAGAGGGUGACUUGUGAGGACAUAACCCAUGUCCCCAUUUAUCAAAAUGCUUAUAAACCAUACAGAAUUACUUUUUUUUUUUUUUUUUUUUUUUU